GCUCACUGUUCCCCCACCCUCUUCCCCGGCACUGGGCUCCUCCUGCUGCUGAGACAGUGCUCCAGUAGCACUGACAAACCGACAGAAGGGGAGGUGAGAAGGGAAGUGGCCACCAGGACUGGCUCCGUGAGUGCCACACAGUGGGGAGGGGGUGGGGUCCAUCAUGUCAUCAUAUCAGAAGGAACUGGAGAAAUACAGAGACAUAGAUGAAGAUGAGAUCCUAAGGACCUUGAGCCCUGAGGAGCUAGAGCAGCUGGACUGCGAGCUACAGGAGAUGGACCCCGAGAACAUGCUCCUGCCAGCUGGACUAAGGCAACGUGACCAGACAAAGAAGAGUCCGACAGGGCCGCUGGACCGGGAUGCCCUUUUGCAGUACCUGGAGCAGCAGGCACUCGAGGUCAAAGAGCGGGACGACUUGGUGCCCUUCACAGGGGAGAAAAAGGGGAAGCCCUAUAUUCAGCCCAAGAGAGAAAUUCCUGUACAGGAGCAGAUCACUCUGGAGCCUGAACUGGAAGAGGCACUGGCCAACGCCACAGAUGCUGAAAUGUGUGAUAUAGCAGCAAUUCUGGGCAUGUACACACUGAUGAGCAACAAGCAAUACUAUGAUGCCAUCUGCAGUGGAGAAAUCUGCAACACAGAAGGCAUUAGCAGUGUGGUACAGCCUGACAAGUAUAAGCCAGUGCCAGAUGAGCCCCCAAAUCCUACAAACAUUGAGGAGAUCCUGAAGAGUGUUCGAAACAAUGACAAGAUGCUGGAGGAAGUUAACCUCAAUAACAUACAGGACAUCCCAAUACCCAUGCUAACUGAGUUAUGUGAGGCCAUGAAGAAAAAUACCUACGUCCGGAGCUUCAGUCUUGUGGCCACAAGGAGUGGGGACCCCAUUGCCAAUGCGGUGGCUGAUAUGUUGCGUGAGAAUCGUAGCCUCCAGAGCCUGAACAUUGAAUCCAACUUCAUUAGCAGCACAGGGCUCAUGGCUGUGCUGAAGGCAGUUCGGGAAAAUGCCACACUCACUGAGCUGCGUGUAGACAACCAGCGCCAGUGGCCUGGCGAUGCAGUGGAGAUGGAGAUGGCCACCGUUCUCGAACAGUGUCCCUCCAUUGUCCGCUUUGGCUACCACUUUACACAGCAGGGGCCACGAGCUCGGGCAGCCCAGGCCAUGACCCGGAACAAUGAACUACGCCGCCAGCAAAAAAAGAGAUAACGCUACCUUUUCCCUAUACCAACUAGAGCUGGGAGCCCUGAAUACCUAAAUCCUCAUCUCUCCCCUUUCCUGUAAAUAAAGGCCCUUCUGUCCACUC